UGACGUAAUUAGCGGUCCGACCGGAAGGCGCUUUUAGCUCACAUCCUCCUCUUCCCCUCGACGUCGUCUUUUUAAGUAAUUUCCGAAGGGACCAGUGAGAGAUCCGAACAUUCGAUGAUCUCUUUGGGCGGAACACCGGAUUCCACGGAGCCGCUGGUUCUGUCAUGGCGGAGGAGAAGCGUCUUUGGAUAAAUGUGUCCGGAAGCGGCAGCUUAUGGUUGAAUCGGAGCGUGAAACCGACGGUUAGCCGGUGUGUAAAGCAGCUCUAGCGUUAAACGCUAACACCGAGCGCGCAGCGUUAACGCCACUUACAGCGUGUGCAGUUGUCUGUUGCCUUCAGGAGACUCGCUGCUGUGUUUUUAGGUUCUAUCUCAUAAACCGAGUCACAAGCUAUUUACUGUCUAUGGAGAUAGAAGAAGCCGCUAAAUAAAGCAGCUACCUCUAUAACUGUGUAAACUAACACCGAUUCAUGACGUCUCUGCCGCUUGCUUUUACGUGACCUGUGAUUCUUUGGUUCAGAAAAUGUCUCUCUUGAUUGAAUCCAUAUGAAUAAUUUACUAUUAUUUCAGCUUGAACUCCCGCUGUGAGCUGUAAAUACCACUGUAAACACUUCUGUCGGAGCUCGGAGCCCCCUCUCCUCCUCUCCAUCCUCCAUCCUCCACCUGAGCCGCCUGGACCGGGUCCGACUCACUGCAGGCGCCAUGAGGUGACGACUGUGACACCCUGUGCUCCUGCUGACGUGGACUCAUGGCAAGGAUCACGCUGUCCUGCCUGCCGGCCUCCUGGUACUGCAGCGUGUCCCCGCUCUCGCUGGGCUGCGCCUCCAGGCAGAGGCUGCUGCUGCUGCUGGUCCUCUUCAUCACCUCUGUCCUCCUCCUGGGCACCUACCAGAGGCAGCUAUGGGGUUCCCAGCGAGACCCGCGGACCCGAGUCAACAAAUACCUCUCCAUAGCAGAAUCCAUGGAGGCCACCGAUGUCCUCAACCCUGCCCUGAAUUAUGGCAUUGUGGUGGACUGUGGCAGCAGUGGCUCUCGGGUCUUUGUGUACUACUGGCCCCCCCACAAUGGGAACCCCCACACCCUGCUGGACAUCAGACAGAUGAGGGACCGCAACCACAAACCGGUCGUCAAGAAGAUUAAACCUGGUAUCUCUACGCUGGCGACGACGCCUACACAGGCCAGUGACUACCUCCAUCCUCUCCUCAGCUUUGCUGCUGCUCAUGUUCCAAACAGCAAACACAAAGAGACACCGCUCUACAUCCUCUGUACUGCCGGCAUGAGGCUGCUGCCAGAGAGUCAGCAGGCGGCCAUCUUGGAGGACCUGGUCAGCGACGUUCCCUUGGAAUUUGACUUCCUCUUUUCCCGUUCACAUGCAGAGGUCAUCUCUGGGAAGCAGGAAGGAGUGUAUGCAUGGAUUGGCAUCAACUUUGUAUUGGGCCGAUUUGAUCAUGCUGAUGACGAGGACGCCACAGUUGAAGUCACAACUGGGUUGCAGAACCAGCCGCCAAUCAACCGGCGGCGCACCGUGGGCAUCAUGGACAUGGGAGGAGCUUCACUGCAGAUCGCCUAUGAGGUGCCCGGCGCCAUCACCUUCAGCUCUUCACAAGAGGAGGACGCAGGGAAGAGUUUGCUGGCAGAGUUUAAUCUGGGCUGUGAUGUGGAGCACACGCAGCACGUGUACCGCGUCUACGUCACCACCUUCCUUGGCUUUGGAGGAAACAUGGCCAGGCAGCGCUACGAGGACCAGCUGUUCAACAACACGCUGUCCAAGAACAGGUUCCUAACCACUCAGACAGGCAUGAACAAGGACAAACCCCUGCUGGACCCCUGUCUGCCGUUCGCUCUGUCGGACACGGUGGUGAGGGACAACCACACGUUACAUGUGAGGGGUCUGGGCGACUGGACUCAGUGUCAGGAUGCCGUCCGUCCCUUCCUGGGCCUCCACAACGGCACCAUGUCACCGGGGGGCGUCUACCAGGCUCCUAUAAACUUCAGUAACAGUGAGUUCUACGGCUUCUCUGAGUUUUAUUACUGUAUGGAGGACGUGCUGAGGAUAGGAGGGCAGUACAACAGUGAAAAAUAUUCCCGAGCUGCUACGGACUACUGCGCCACCAAGUGGUCGACACUGAAACAGCGUCUGGACAGCAAGCUUUUCUCCGAGCAGGCCGACAUCAGCAGACUCAAGUAUCAGUGCUUCAAGUCAGCUUGGAUGUAUGAGGUGCUGCACUCUGGCUUUCGUUUCCCCCCAAACUACCCGAGUCUGAAAACAGCCCAGCUCGUUUAUGACAAAGAGGUCCAGUGGACUCUGGGCGCCAUUCUGUUCAAGACCCGCUUCCUGCCUCUCAGGGACCUGCAGCAGGAAACCUUGCGGCAGAGCCACCCCAGCUGGCUGCGCUCCUCCUUCGUCUACAACCACCACCUGUUCUCGCUCUGCAUCCUGGUGGUGGUGCUGGCCAUCCUGCUGUACAUCCUGCGCCUGCGGAGGAUCCACCAGCGGGAGCAGAGGCAAGCAGAGGCCCUGAACCUUCUGUGGGCUGAGGAGGGAGAGGCUCUGCUGCCCUGAGAGGUGACUGACAGGCUGUAGGAACUUCACAACCAGAGCAGAAUGUGAGCGUGGCAGACCGACAAGAAGCCUGGCUAUGAAUCACGUCUGAGGGCUCACCUGCCCAGUGACAUAUUUGAAGAAGUAAUUGCAUGAAAAAACAUCAGAGAUGGUUUAAUGAGCCUGGAAAUCAAACUCCUGUGCAUUUUCUUUGAUCAUGCAGCUUUAAACACAGAGCCCAUCUCAGACUGGCAACAUGUACUCUGGGUUCAUUUUUCUCUCAAGAUGGGUUUGGAUGAGACGAAUCACACUGUUCCUUGUUUUCGAUGCUAAGCUAAAGUUUUUUAGUUUCAUGACAGUCUGGACAGUUGACCUAGUUUCAGUUCACUGUAACUGUCUGCCAACGCAGACAGUGUUUCAUCUACAGUUCACUUACAGUUCACUGAAACUGUAAGUUCACUGCAAGUUCACUUACAGUGAACACCUUCACUGCCGUGGGAGGAGGUUAAAUGGUCUCGUUGAAGACGGCUGUGUGUCAGGAGAUGUUACCUGAAAGCACCUGCAACAGAACAAACGUCUCUACCGUACAAAAGAUUUAUAUUUAAAUAUGAUUUCCCAACAGGUCUCUUCAGGUUUCACUGAGAUCAGUGACAUCAAGGCUUGUUGAGAUGCUGGGAGAGCUGUGUUCAUGUGAAUCAGAGCAUUUGCUAGACCACGUUUAGUUUUAGCUACAUUGAACUGUGGAGUCUGUAUUUUUUUUAAACCUUUUGGAGCUCUUGGUAUGUUUUGUAUGGAUGCCAGAACGAAGCCCCACAUACAGGAGCUACAGUAUGAGCUGGAUUCAUCAGCUCAACGUCGGUCAGCGAGUGUCGACAGGAUGAACACGGCCGAUUCCUCUGGAUAAAUACUGACAGCGCCUGUCUGUCCCAGGAUCCUCCACAAACAGGUCUGUCCUGAAGGAAGCACACACAUAGCGGCUGACCACUAUGUUGGGAAGCGUUUGAGUGAUGGUUGUUCAUUUUACAUCUUUGUCCCCAUCUCCUAAACCCGACACUCCCACCUGCAGACAAAGACGUGUCAACCAGCAGAAACUGGUUGCUUCCUCUGUGAAUUCUUUCACUUUCUCUCCAUCUAGCAGCUAUUUGUUCACGUUCGCACCCGUAAAAGCCUUUAAGCCUCACGCUUGGACGUGAGGUGAUGUCGCGCCAGGCUAUCAGCGCUAGCAAAGCGUCUCGUUCCUGCCAACGCAGACAGUGUUUCAUCUACACCUCCUUCCGUCCCCGUGGGAUGCUUUUCUCAUCUCACACCGAUGACGUCAGCCACACAGCUCUGGCCUCAGACUGCAUUUUGAUACUUGAAUGCCGCUGCUGUCCUGCCAUAAUCUCUGUCAGCGUGAAGAGACAAGCGGCUGUUUUUAGCUUGAAUUAGUAGAGAUGUGGUCAGUGUUUGGAUGGAGCCCCUGACCCAGCCUGGAGCUCUGAUUAAGGAAUCAGAUUCGAUCUGUUUAUAAUGCACUAAUUCCAUGAAGGGGUGAACAGCGGACCAAGAUGGAAGCAGGCUCAUCUUCAUGUCUUAUGGAAAUCUGAACGGCCAUGAAAAGGGAAGUGCUUCACUGCGAACCAGGGCCAAGGGCUUUUUCCACUUCAGCUGUAAAUGAAGCCUCCGGUCCUCAUUGUGCUGACGACUGAUGGCAGCUGCGCCGUAACCAUGACGAUGGAACUGUACAUCUGAGUUGCACCUGCUGAAACUUCCUGAGAAGUCGACUUGUGUUUCAGUCCCACAGUGGGAUGUGGUCUGAGAUCUGUUAUUAGUCCUUGUCGCAGGCUCGGGGCUCCAUGACGCCACUGUUUUAUAUCCUGUACUGUGACGCUCAUGUGAAUGUUUGAUUGUUAAUUGAAACCAGGAAACUUUGUGAGCUUCCUGUUGUUUAACAGUGUGAUUGUUGAAUCUCACAAAGACUUUGUGACCUGAGUUUUGUUUCUAUGUGAAUCCUGACUUGUGAAGCUUCUGAUACAGCAGCUACAACUUUCUUUUAUUUCUGAUUCUGUUUAGUUCAUGGAAUGAAAUGACCAAAACCUUAAAACCUCAGGCUAAUGUGGUUUUAGGACCAAUGUCACAUCUUUCCAGAGUUGGGUAUCGUGCAAUGAGUAAGAAAUAAUUCCCUGAAACUUGACUGUUAUUGUAAUUUAGGUUCCUUUUAAUGUCUGUGUGCUUAGAAACAACUCGAUCCAAUAAAGAAUCCAUUUCUGAUUAAA